UCCAAAGAAACUAUAUCCUUUUUCUAAUUAAUAUGGUUUCGUCUUUUUCAAAAUUCACUGCUCUCUCUCUUGUCCAUCUCAGAUCAUAAGCCAAUUUCUUGAAUCUUGAUAUAUAAAUUUAGAGAUAAUAGCUUCCUCCUUCUUUCUGUCUUUCUGUUUAUUCUUGAUUUGAAACAGGUGACGCCAGUGCUGUAAAGUAUCUCAAGAAAAUCUGAAGCUUCGAUAAGAAAUCCAGGUUAGAGCUAGUGACAAUUUUUUAAUGCCCUAAUGACAGAUUUCAUAAUGGCAUCACAUCUUUCAUGAGUUGCAACUAGCUUCACAUGGCUUCCUCACAUGAUCUUUAUUCGAAUUCAAACAAGCUGAACGAACACAACACUUUAUGCAUCGGCAAGGCAUGUGGGGCUGCCUGGAUCUUGAGGAAUAAAGGGUCAGGCACCUGUUGCUGGAAAAUCUCAGCUCUUUAAUUAAUCAACUUGUCAUGUUGUUAUGCUGCAACUUAGAUUUUCUUGCUUUGAAUGGUUCAGUUGUUGAGGUUUUAAGGGUAGAAGUUUGUUGAAGGAGUGAAAUGAAAACUUUCCAAAAAAAAUAGGAUGACAGGGAGAUAUAGGAUAGGACCUCCUUAGUCAUUGACUUUUGUUGAAAGAAAAUGUCAAAAAAUUAACAGAAGAAACAAGGAAAGAGGUAGAAAAAAUGAGAGUGAAUGUGAGAUAGAUCUUAAUAAUUGGUGCUAAAGAAAGGGUUUGUAUAUAAGAUCACAGAUCUUCAUUUGCCAGCUAAUUCCAGGAAUGGACUCUCCUCUUGUCAUAAAAUUGAUGGAUUGUGCUAAGGCAAUUGCAGAUGGUGACCUGAAAUUUGCAGAUCAGCUUUUUAGCGAUAUGGAAUCCCUGUCAGCUGCGGAAACCAACCGAGUGACGAAAAAAGUCGUCGAGUAUUUUGCUGAAGCUCUAGCCCGGAGAGUCCAUGGAGUGCAUCCUCGAAAUCCUUUCCCAUUACUUCCUUCCUCAAAUUUAAAGAAGAUCAGCUAUGAACCUUCUCCUCUUGAAUGGUUUGCUUGUAUGUCCACGGACUAUGCCAUUCGUGAUGUCUUAGAUGUUAAAAAAAAUAAGCUCCACCUUAUUGAGAUUUCCAGCUUGGUAGACUGCUGGCAGCGGCAUAGUUUGGAGGAAUACCUCAUACAUGCGCACCAUGGCAUGCCCUUGUCAUUCCAGUACACCAGUAUUAGACCAAAACUGUCAAAAAAUGAUGAUUAUCUUCAAGAAAACCGACGGAUGAUCACUGAAGUAGCCCAGAGGUCUCGGGUUGAUUUCAAGUAUAGAGCAUUGUUUGCUGAUAGUGUACCUGAUAUAGUAGAGUCUGUGUUGAGACUUGAAAGAACAAGCGAGGAUGAGAUAAUAAUUGUGAGAUGGGUGUUUCAACUCCACAAAUUGCUUGCACUUGAAGGAGCAGUUGAUAAAGUGUUGUCAAAACUGAAAGACCUAAAGCCAGAUAUCAUGGUAAUUGUUGAACAGGAAGCUGACAAUAACACUGACGAUUUCUUCUACCGGUUUGCCACAUCAUUCAAAUACUACCUCAACCUUUUUGAAUCUCUAGAGCUCUAUGCAACCAACUUAAGCUCCCUGAUUUGGGAAAGACAUUUGAGGUGGCAGAUAUGCAAUGUGGUUGCAAGUGAAGGCAUUGACCGGAUUGAACGGCAUGAGACAUUGGCUCGCUGGCAACAACGACUGUAUGGUGCUAGGUUCUGUUCAGUUGCCUUAUGUUCCGACCAGUUUGCUGAUUUUUUAUAUGAUUUCUCAGCGUAUAAAAUAGAAGAAAAUAGCGGAUUUCCUGUGCUGUUGGCAGCAGGUCACCCGCUAAUCUUCGCAUCAGUUUGGAAACCUGCUAGUGCAACUCAUUUCAGUGGUGAAAAUAUUGGCAAUUCAGAUGACACAAUGAGAGGGACUGACCUUAAUCAUCCUAUCACAAUACAAGAAGAAAGUACAUCUCCAGUAGUUGAGCCAGAGGCAGUAAGCUCUUCAGAGUUUGCUGAGCCAGAGGUAGUAAGCUCUUCAGAGUCUGAUGACGACAAUGAGUACGUUUAUAAUAGAAUAAGGAGAUUGACGCACGGAAAGAUAUGGUCUGUAGAGGAGGUACGAGAAUAUUUGGUUUCUCCUUUGAAAGAGAAGGAAUCAAAAAGACUCAGCAGGUGGAAGUCUCGUCAACUUACCAGGUCAAUUAUGAAAAUUGACUUGAAAGCUUAUAGGAAUGUUGCUGGACGGGAUAAGCAAUUGAAUGUUACCGAUACAUCACUUGCAAGUCUGCUUAGGAUUCCUCCAUCAAGCACCCCAAUACGCGAGGAGAAACAAUAUUAUGUUGAUGAUUCGGUUAUAAAUGCAUUUUUCGACUUGCUGAAGAAGAGACAGGAGAAGUUUCCAGACUGGUACAAGAGGAACUCCUCAUUGCCAACUUGGACAAUGACCUUCUUGCUUUCUGGAAAAUGGACCAUGACAAAACUACUAUCUUGCAUAAACAUUGAAGACAUAGCAGGCACAGCAAAGUUGUUCAUACCGUUGUGCUUGGAAAAUCAUUGGAUCCUCAUUUGCGUUGACAUGGAGAAACGGGAAUUUCUUUGGUUAGAUUCAUUAAAUUCUCCUCCUGAUGCUCAUCAUACGGAAAAGACUACAAUUUCGGAGUGGCUUGUAAAGCACCUACUACCAGUGUUGGGCUAUCGUAAUUCACAGCAAUUGAAAUUAAAGCAACUCAGUAUUCCAUACCAAACAAAUCGAAUAGACUGUGGCAUAUUUGUGAUGAAGUAUGCUGAUUGUCUUGCACAUUGCGAUCACUUCCCUUUUACACAACAAGACAUGCCUCACUUUCGGCUUCGAGUCUUUCUGGACAUAUAUCGUGGGAGACUACCUGUGCCACCCAGCCAUGUUAGAUUCUUAAGAGCCUUGUAUAAGAUAUAGGAUUCUCUGUUUGAUGGAUGAUCCUUCCACUUGUUAUGUGGAGAGAAAUGCAGGAAGCUGUCUUAUAACUAAGGUACUAACGCAGGGCCUUUUCGCUCCUGUUCCUACUUCUGUGAUAGAAGGUUGAGGGAGUGGGGGCGAAUGGAGCAAGCUAUUUAAGAGUAAUUGUUUUACACUUAAAUAUAUAUGAUAAUUGAUGGGAGACACGCAUGAUGAUAAAAACACU